UCCUGGAGGACAUAUGAAAGAGCUUCUUUGGUUGGCAGCAAGAGCUACUGUGGUCCAGGAUUGGGAGAAAGCAAUGCAAAAAAUUAAGGCAAUCAAUGAAGAUGCAUGGAAAGACAUGAUGCAACUUCCACCAUCUAUGUGGACUAGGUCAGCAUUUCGCACUGAUACACAAUGUGACCUUCAAGUAAACAACAUGUGUGAGGCUUUCAACAUGGCUGUAUUGGAGUAUAGAGAUAAGCCUAUCAUAACAUUACUUGAAGGUUUGAAACAUUACAUUACAGUAAGGAUUGUGAAACAAAAAGAACUCAUGCUACGAUAUAGAGGCAAUAUAUGUCCUAGUAUUCAACAAAUAUUGGAAAAGGCAAAAAGAGCAGCUGGGUGUUGGUUCGCAACUUGGCAUGGAGAUGAUGAUUUUAACUUGUUUAGUGUCACAAAUGGUGUAGAUACUUAUACGGUAAAUCUACACACAAAAACUUGUGCUUGUCGUAAGUGGGAUUUGACCGGUAUUCCGUGUUGCCAUGCUCUUGUUUGCAUAUGGCAUAACAAAGCUGAUCCAGAAUCGUACGUUUCACCUUAUUAUAGGAAAACAAACUUCUUGACAUGUUACUCUUACAUUAUAAUGCCAUCAAAUGGACCAAAACUUUGGCAUGCAUCAAAUGGAGAUCCUAUAAAUCCCCCAAUCAUGAGAAGAGCACCGGGUAGACCAAAGAAAAAAAGGAACAAGUCCAAUGACGAGUCAAAAGGUUCUAACAAACUACCAAGACAGUUUGCAACUGUGAAAUGUAAGAACUGUGGGAAGCUUGGCCACAACACGAGGACAUGCAAGGGUAAAAGUGCAACAGAUAGAGAGAUACCAAAAGGUGGAAAUAACAUCAACAGAACAAAGAGAGCAAAGACAACAAGGGUUGGAGGUGAUGAGGGAGAAACACCAACAAUUUUAUCUCAAGAUUCACAAGCUCCACAAAUUCAAGAUUCACAAAUCAAUUGAAGACACGAAACUUGUGAUUUUUAUUUUGGUUAUUAUGAAUAUGUAAUCAUACUUGGACCUAUAUAAUUUGGUGACUAUGAAUAUGUACUUUUAUUUUGGUUACUUGUGAAGGAACAAUUUUAUUUUGUAAUGCAUUAGUAUGACAUUUUGUUGGACUUAAGUUAUGGAACGAUUAUUUUGUAAUGCAGUAGUAUGUAAUGAUGGAAUGAUAUCAAAAUUCUAACUUCAGAUU